GAAUCGAUUCGACAAGAUGAAGUCGUUCACGGCGAUCGCAGUUGUUACGGUGGCUCUGCUGGCCGCUCUGGGCGGCCAGGCCAAGCACCUGGACUCCAAGGUGGCGGACAAGGACUUCCUGGUGAAGCAGCAGUUCGUCUUCCAGAUCGUGCAGCACCUCUACCAGGACGACGUCUACACCCAUCCCUUCGCCGCCAGCUUUGUGGAGUACAAGCCGUGGGAGCACGUGGCCGACUAUGUGCACCCGGAGAAGCUGGAGCACUUCUUCGAGCUGUGGCAGCACCAGCCCUUCGGCGACGACAAGCCCUGGACGGUGAUGUACGAGAAGCACGAGGAGUAUGUGGUGGGUCUGGUGCGUCUCUUCUACUUCGCCAAGAACUGGGAGACCUUCCAGCACGCCGUCUUCUGGGCCCGUCAGCACGUGAACAAGCAGCUCUUCGUCUACGCCUUCACCAUUGCCAGCCUGUUCCGCGACGACAUGCAGGGCGUGGUCCUGCCGGCGCACUACGAGAUCCACCCCUGGAGCUUCUUCGACAGCCAGGCCCUGGAAUGGGCCGAGCACUACAAGAUGCACGGCUUCCACCAUGUCAAACAGAUGGACAACAUCCACAACGUGGUCAUCCGGGCCAACUACUCCAAUGCCCAUGGCUCACUGAACUACGAUCACGAUCUGGCCUACUACCUGGAGGAUGUGGGCUUCAAUGCCUUCUACUACUACUUCAACCUGGACUACCCCUUCUGGACCAAGGGCGGCGACGAGCAUGUCCUCAACAAGGAUCGCCGUGGUGAGCUCUACCUGUACGUCCACUGGCAGCUGCUGGCCCGUUGGUACCUGGAGCGCCUGUCCCACGAUCUCGGCGAGGUGCCCGCCUUCAACAUGUACGUGCCCGCCGAGUCCGGCUAUGCCAGCAACCUGCGCACCUACUACGGCGUGCCCCAGUGGCACCGCGAGAACCACCACAGCUUCUACCACGGCCACAACUACGAGACCAUCGAGCACGUGGAGAUGUACACGCAGCGCGUGAUGGACUGGAUCCACAAGAACGAGAAGUUCGACCAGGAGGCCAUCAACACGCUGGGCAACAUCAUCCAGGGCAACGCGGACAGUGUGGACAAGAAGUUCUACGGCAGCCUGGACAAGCUGUACCGCUUCAUCGUGAACGAGGGACACCACUACGGCAAUGGCGAGGAGAGCUUCCCCGGCCUGUUCAUGCACUACGACACCUCCAUGCGGGAUCCCAUCUUCUACGAGGUGUACAAGACCCUGGUGGGCCACUACUGGCAUCUGAUGGAGACCUAUCCGGAGUACCAGAAGAAGGACUACCUGUACGAGGGCGUCCAGAUCGAUGCCGUCCACAUGCCCGAGAGCCUGACCACCUACUUCGAGUACUUCGACUCGGACAUCAGCAACGCCGUCAACGUGGAGCCCCCGCAGGAGGGUGCCACCGAUGCCCUGUACACCUUCGGCCGGAACUCGCACUACAAGGGAACCAGCUAUGUGAUCAAGGCCCGCCAGCAGCGCCUCAACCACAAGCCCUUCGAGUUCACCCUGGACGUGACCGCCGACAAGGCGCAGGAGGCCGUGGUCAAGGUCUUCAUCGGACCCAAGUACGAUGAGCACGGACACGAGAUCCCGCUGGAGCACAACUACCAGAACUUCUUCGAGCUGGAGCACUUCAAGGUGCACCUGGAGGCGGGCGUUAACCACAUCAAGCGGGCCAGCGGUGACUUCUCCUUCUGGGUGAACGACCGCACCACCUACCUGGAGCUCUACCAGAAGCUGAUGGACGCCUCCAACAGCGACUACAAGUUCAAGCUCGACCAGUCGGAGGCCCACUGCGGCGUGCCCAACAGGAUGAUGCUGCCGCGCGGCAAGAAGGGCGGCCAGGUGUUCCAGUUCUUCUACAUGGUGUACCCCUACCACCAGCCCGAGGUGGCCCAGUUCACCGGCUACGAUCCCGUGGUCAGCUGCGGCGUGGGUCACGGCUCCCGCUACGUGGACGCCCUGCCCUUCGGAUUCCCCUUCAACCGACCCGUGAAGCACGACUACUACUUCGAUGUGCACAACUUCAAGUUCGUCGACGUCAAGAUCUUCCACCGCGACGAGCACACCAACGUGGUCUAGACCCCAGACCCCAGGCCCCAAGAUCACGAAAGCUACGAAUACGAUCACCGACGAACCAACGAUAUCGAUUCCCUAUAUAGUAUGCUAUCUCUUAUCUCAUCCACUUCCCCCAUAGCAGCCGUAAUUUAACUCAGUUUCCCUUAGCUUGUCGGUCACCUUGUGACCAUUCAACAAUAAACGAAUCUAAACUACAA